UGAAAAAUGGAACCGGACUGAGGGAGAGUAAUAAUAAUAAACCCUAAACCACGCCGGCCCCAACCCCAUCGCCGUCUGUUUCCUUCUUCUUCCUCACCUCGUCUGCCUCUUUCAUCUCCGGCGACCUUCGUCUGCUGUUUCUUCUCGAACCUUAUUAAGCCUUCAAACUGUUUUUUGUUCAUUCAAGCAGCGCAGUGCAAAAUUGAAGAUCCCAAACCAAAACAAUGCCCAUCAAAUGGAUAUUGCACUGGCAGCCAAACCCGGGGACAACCGUCAACACUCAGAUCCUUUCGGAAGUGUCGCAGUGCGCUGAGAGCCUCAAUGGCGUCAAGGAAGGCCGCUGGAAGUCCACUCUCAGCUUCUACCGAGCCAGUGUUCGAGACCAAGCAGUUGGGAACGAUUUUCCUCGUGAUUUUGUGGGGAUACUUCUUGGGGAUCAUCCCAGUAAAUAUUUCUUGGUGAUUAGAGGUCAACGACUUGUGGUGGAAGCUGAUUUAAGUAUUCAGAUGAUAAUGGAAAAGCUGCAAUCCUAUAAGACACGGUUUGCUCUAAGCUUUGAGGGGAACCAACACCAACUUGGCGACUUUCAACUGCGAGUGGGGAAGGUGGUUCCGAUGCACUCUGAAAGUUUGAGGGGCAUAGUAAUGGAGAUGGAGUAUAUACCGAUUUCAUCGUGGGAAAAAUCACAUCAAAUAAUGGGGGAGUUCUUCGAUCUGUGGCAGGAAGCUCUGUCGAAAAGAUCAUUGCCGGGUCAUUUUGUGCACGUGGAACCCAAUUUUGGGGAGUACGGUCUGUCGGACCAGUAUAGCCUACAACAUACGGCAGUUCAAUAUGCAAGCAUUACAGCUCAAAUGAUAGCCACAUCGCAGUCGCUACAGGCUACUCGAACUUAGACUGACUGAUCGAUCGAUCUUUGUUAUUGUUACUGAUCGAUCUUUGUUAUCGAUCUCUAUCUGUGAUUGUAGUUGUACAUACUAAUGUGCUACUUUUGCACUUCUGCCUGAAAAUGUCAAUUACAGUGCUUGAAGUGUAUGAGUUUA